AUGAAAUUCGCGCAUAGGUAUUCUCAUACCUUGGAAAGCGAGGGAUUUCCUCUGCACUGGGUGCGUUGUGCUAUUUCUUAUCGCCAACUCAAAAAAUGCAUCAAGCGAAUUCGUGAUGAACUCGCCGAGCUUGGUCUACCGCCGGAAAUUCUUAACCACCUUUGGCUUUCCGAAGACGUGAGGGAUAGUAUUGGUUGUCCUUCCGGCCUUGCUCCGAAAUUGACAUUUCUCAUUGAUCCCAACGAGUCGCACAUACCCGAAUCUUUGUCCGCCGAAACUCGCGAAUAUCUUCGUGUCCUCCUCGGCACCUCCGGUAAACAAGCCGCAUCAUCCACGAGUGAGACGUCUGUCAGCCUUGCCCAACAUGUUGUGGUAUCGUGUGGAUUGGCCAGCGGGGAAAUGGGUAAGUCCUUUGUUUCUGCCAGCGAAGCUUGCAAACCAAUUCAAGAAGUGGAGAUACCGUUACAUUCGGACUCCGAAUUUUUCCAAAUUCUCAAAAAAGAACUAUCCAUCCUCCAUGAUUUACAAGAACGAGAGCGAAAGGAAUUGGACAGUCAAGUGAAACAUUUACGUGACAGCCUCGUUGAGACGAUAAGUUCCCAUUUAAGUUGGUCAAGGCCUACUCUCUCCACCUGGCGCGAAAUAUUUCGGCUGUACAUAGAUUCUCAAGUAUUUUUCUCUACCGAUGAGCUCGAUUCAGGUGAAAGAACAUCCACGGUGGCCCACCAACAGUUGGUGAAAUUCCAAAGCUCUUUAUCAGAAAACAACCGGUAUAAAAAACUUGGAAAAAACGGUCGGGUUGUUCUUGAAUCAUUUUUAAAGAUUAAUUUCGUCCUCCUGCAAAGCUUGAAGUUUCAGGAGAUCAAUCGGAUAGCACUGCGGAAGAUCCUCAAGAAAUUUGACAAGCGAACAGCUCUUCGUGCUUAUCCAGCAAUUCCGCUAUUGGAGCCCCUCCUGGCUCGCAAUGUCGCAAAGAUUCUUUGUCAGACUAUCUCUCAGGAGCUUCUGAGUAUUGUUCCCCAGAUCACUGAUUACCUUUGUCCAAUAUGCUUGAGCAUAUCCUUCAAGCCUGUUAGACUGCGCUGUAACCAUGUUUUCUGUAUCCGCUGUCUUGUGAUCAUGCAACGAGCACAGCAGAACCAAUGUGCCUUAUGUCGCAGAGAAGUUGUCAUGGAAGCCACAAGUGACAAUCUGGACCAGGAGCUUCUUGCAUUUCUGAGUACUGUUUUCCCAAAAGAAACCAGGAUCAAACAAAAGGAAAAUGAAAGAGCUGCAAGGAUGGAUCUUUAUGGCAACACGUAUGAUGCCUGCACCCUCAUGUAA